AUGAUCGAUGAAGACGGCGAAAUCACAGAUGAAGACACUGUUGAACCCGAGUACCAAGGGCGAUUAGAAUCCACAGAGAGUUCCACAAAAGACGAGGAGAAGCGCGAUCCAAGGAUGCCUCCACACAUGAACGCUCGCGACACAGCGAAUUGGCAGUCGUUGACGCAGUUGCGACAUUGGCUGAAUGAGCUGGAACGCGAUGCUAGUCUUACUGUAGAUUUAGCUGAUACAGCGGCUAUCAAGGAGAUGACCAACACAGUACAGGGCAUCAUGGAUCACAUUAGGAUGAAAAUCAUGGAUGUCGUCGGAAUUCAGGACGCCAGCGCUGCACCUAUGGUGAAACUUAAAGCGAGAGAAUUGGUAAGACGCAAUACUUUUCGCGAUCGAUCAGUAGCGAAGCGCGUUCGCACCUUUUUCACACCUGGUUCGAACCUCCUGGCUGUCCCAUGCAUCAAAAAAUCUUUGCGCUACUCAUCCAGCAAUUUCUCUCGUCUUCUCACGCAAUUAUGGAAACCUUUUGGCCUUGGAAAGAAGAAAUUCACAAAUUGA